AUGUAAGAGCAAGAUAACAACUCGUUCUUCUCAUAUGCAAGGCAAUUGCUAGAUCAACAAUCUCAAUCCAUCCAAGAAAUGGAUGAACACAAAGACUCCUCCUUAGACAUGAGUUAGUUAAUUAAGAUGUAACACACUAUUCAUGACAAUAUUUUAAUCUCUCCUGAACCAUCCAAAAGGGAUGAUUCCCUUCUUCUUUCCUCUGAUGAACCUUGCAAUUGCAGUAAGUCUGAAUGCAGGAAAAUGUAUUGCGAGUGUUUAGCCAAGGGGAGACUCUGUUCCUCUGCCUGCAGAUGCGAAAAUUGUCAAAACAGAACCUCAAACAAGAAGGUUCUACACGUCAUCAAAGAACUUGAUCUCAACAAAAACCUAAAGAAAAUUAAAUCCAAAAGAUUCAAAGAUGGGUGCACAUGCAAAAAGUCAAUGUGUUUGAAAAAAUAUUGCGAGUGCUUCCAUUCUGGCAAAAGUUGUGGCUAUGGUUGCAACUGCGAGAAUUGUUAGAACUAACUUCUAGAUGAAGCCUAAAAGAAUAUUUGCACACCAAAUUAAAAAAAAACUUCAAAAUUUUCAUCCAAAUUCGAGAGUGCCAAUACCAAUACCAGAUCAGAAUAUUAUGGGAUGGUCUUAAAGAAAUAGGAAUUAGAAGAGUACGAAGAUUCAGAUGACUCCUUGGACAAGAUGAACACUAUUGUUAUUAUGAUAUUAGGUUAGUUGAUUGUUUGA